AUGCCCCGCCUCCGCGCCCUGGUCGCCGUGACGGUGGCCAUCAACCGCCUGCGCAUCGAGGUCGAGGACCUCCUCGACAGAAUCGCCGAGUGCCACGAGGAACUCCGCCUGGCGGCCGCCACCAGGGCCAGGAGAAACCCUCCGGCCCGCUGGGAGGAGGUCGUGGCCGCGAAUUUCGCGGUGGGACAUUGGGGAGAGGAGUUGGAGCGGUAUCGCCGGAUGUUGGCGGAGGUGGAAGAGGAGUUGGCGACGGCGUACGAUUUGCGCCUGGAGUUUACGAUGUUGUUGUGA